CCUCCACUGCCGCUGGGCAGACCUGGAGGAGCUGGAGAAGGACAAGAGGAUACACCAAAAGGUCAAGAGGUUCAGGGCCAAGCAGCUGCUCCUCAACAGCUUCAUAACAGAGAUGGACGACGAGCCUUUUAACCCAGACUACGUGGAGGUGGACCGUGUCCUGGACGUUUCAGAGAGCCCAGAUGAAAAUGAAGAGACGGUGACCUUAUAUCUGGUUAAAUGGUGCAGCCUGCCUUACGAAGACUCCACCUGGGAGCUGAAGGCCGACAUCGACCAGUCCAAGAUAGACGACUACGAACUCAUCGCAGCACGCACACCCAACACUAAGAGAGUGGAACGGCCCCCUGCAGCCGAAUGGAAGAAGCUGGAGGGCUCCAUGGAUUACAGGAACAGCAACGAACUCAGGGAGUACCAGCUGGAAGGCCUCAACUGGCUCACCUUCAACUGGUACAACUCGUAAGUCACCAUUAAGUUGAUUCUGCUAUAAUGAGCUCCUCACUGCCACUGCCAGCCUGUGCAUGUGAUGGCCCCUCAUCUGAUGCUCUUAAUGGGACAUUAAGUGGCCCUCCAGCAUGCUGGGGAUUACGUUUUCCCACUGCCGCUUUCCAUGCACCCUGUUAGUUCCACCAAAAUCCUCAUUUAAGAGCAGAAAUACAAGGUUUUUGUAAGUCAGUUUUCAUUUUUCUGUUGAAUGCCCCAAUUCCAGAGGUGGAAGAAGUAUUAAGAUAUUUUUCUUAAAUAAAAGUA